ACUGUGUACAACAAGCAGCUGGAGACACAAAACCAGCAGCUGGAGACACAAAACCAGCAGCUGGAGAAAGAGAAGAACAUCUUCACAGAACAAAUACGAAACAUAGAGAACAACGUUACUGUAGCCCAGCAGAUCAUUGUUGCCUACUGCCCAAUAAAAGAUGAAAGCAGACAGUGUAAACCUUGCCUAGAUGGCUGGCUGCACCACCAGUCCAGCUGUUAUGGAGUCGUGUACACUUAUCAGAAAACCUGGGAGGAAGCUCGACAGAACUGCAGAGCAAAGAAAUCAGACUUGGCUGUAAUAGUUAAUGAAGAUGAAAAGACAUUCAUCAGAGAUAUAAGUUGGUAUGAAGAAGGACUCUCUGGCUACUGGAUUGGACUGAGAGCUGAAGCAGGGAAAUGGAAGUGGAUCGAUGGAAGUGAUCUGGCUGAAAAAUCCUGGAUGACACAACCUGCUAACAACGGCCUCUGUGCAAUUUCUGUCCGAAACCAAGGAUUGAAAUCAGUGUGGUGUGGAAACAGAAACGGUUGGAUCUGCAAAAGGGCAGCCUUUUCUGUUUAAACAGUGAGAAGCCUCACAUGAGAAGGUUACUGGAUACUCUGUAAAGAUGAAUAACAUAUACGAUCAAAUCAACUGGA